AUGGCUAGUAGCAAGAAUAAUAUCAUCAGAGCGACCACAUCACCAAUUGUGGUCGUGGUGGCAAUGACACUACUGACCACACUUUUGAUGAUGGAGGCAGAUGCACAGCCAUACGAUGACUCGGCAAUACCACCUGGCAUGGUUGGGGAUUUGCUGCCAUGGGGGAGAGUACCACCCUCUGGGCCUAGCCAUCCGCCGCCCUUGGUGGCGAUGCCACCACCAUAUUUAACACCACCUGUCGGACCUAGGAAGCCUCCUUCCAUGGUGGCGCUGCCACCUGACGGGGUUGGGGAUUUGCUACCACGAGGAAGAGUACCACCCUCCGGGCCUAGCCAUCCGCCACCCUUGGUGGCAAUGCCACCACAAUGGAGGAUACCACCCUAUGGGCCUAGCAAAUCACCGCCUUCUGGGCAUAGAAAGUCACCACCCUCUGGGCAUAGAAGGUCACCGUCCACACCACCAUGGAGGAGACUACCACCCUCUGGACCAAGCAAGCCACCGUCCAUGGAGGAAAUGAUCGACCAUAGUAAUCAUGUGCUCGGUGUGAAUGAAAAGUUUGUUGGUAAUGGAGGGAUGAAUACACAAGGAUGA